AUGGUCCGGUCCCGGAGCCGUGGCUGCCUUCAUGGUCUGGAUGGCGACGCUUCAGCAGGUAGAAUCCGCGGUGAUAUUUCUCCAGUGGGGAUAACGAGGUUUGACACGGGUGUUGACGAGCGAAAGAGGUUGGUGCAGAAUCUUCGUGAUCGAUUUCAUCUUUUGUCGGGAAGAUGUGCGAGUCUCGUCUUCGUUAAUAAUGUUAUCAGCGAAACAUCAUAG